AUUGAAUUUCAAGGUGUUCUCGUGAAAGAACUUGCUCUGAGGUUUUUUUGGGGACAGUGGCCAAGGCUUGGAGGAGCCCAAACUAACCGUCCGAGACCGGAAACUUCAGCUGUAGUUUCUGCCUUCGGUAAUGAUGUUCCACUUGUCUCUCGUACUGCGUUGUGAGUAAACGCGAGCAGAAAGGUUUUUGGUUUGUUUACCUGUUCUGGGAGUAGCGUCUGAAAGAAAAUGAGCGAGCAACAAGCUUUCAAGCAGAGUCCCAAUUUAAAACCAGCCUGUCCACCCCUGCCUGUCAGCGGCUGUCCAGCAUCGCUCUUCAAGGCUGAGAAACGCAAAGGGCCUUUUAACAGAAGCAGAGAAGGGAAUGAUUUAGGUCGCGAGCGGAGGGCCUGCGGCGCGAAGAGGACAGCGGGAGGCGUCUCGCGGCCCGGCCUGGCCUCGGGGAGCUGCAGCUGGCGCUCCGCGGAUUCCUGUGCGAAAGGCGAGGGUGGCCAGGCGUCAGUGGAGAGGUGUCAGCCGAAGCCCAGGCAGGCAGCGGGAGUCCCGGUGGUGACCCUGGUGCCCUUCAGCAUGCGUGGCCCCAGGGCCUGGGCUGGGGGCCCCCUCUCCUUGCCGAAUCAGGUCAGCUCCAGGGAGGCGGGGCUCCACACCACAUGGUCCGGCCAGAGACUGCGCCUGCUCCAGAGCCAGGCUGACAUCCGGCUGUGCCACCAGCGCAAGGAGCUGACCAAGAGAGGACGACGGCAGCCCCUGCGAGCGAUGGGAUCUCUCUUCACAGGCCUGGGAAUCCUCUGGUACCGGAGCCGGGAAGCGGAGCGCGGAUUAGGACACAUCUCCUCCUCCGAGCGAGCGGCCCCAUCUGUUUCCCCAGCCUCCGCCACCCCGUCUGGGUGCCCCCUGCCAAAAACCAGCAAAUGUGCCUCGAGUGGUUUUGUGUAUUGGUGACACGCCAAUAAUAAUAAAAACAAUUACCGGACUCCUGAGGUCUGAUUCCGAGAUAAUUGAGUAGCUCUGCUGUUCAAAGUGCUGACAGAGGACAGUUUUCAAAGUCGUGCCCUGAUAUCCUGUCAUCUCCUGGGGCCCUUCGUGGGAGCCCAAGACACCUAGAGAAAAGAAAACUUUAUUAUAAAUGAGCAAAAUCAGCUUAAUUGUCUUCAGUAAGUCAUAAGGAACAUUUGCAUUUAGUUUUACAAUUUAAAUUAUAAUGUGAAGGAAUUUUCAAUAAAUGCU